UUGUACCAUUUUUCAUCCUGCACCGAUUUGGAGUAGAAACCUCUAUUAGGGGAAAAGCAGGGUCCUCGGCAUUUUUUGCGAGCAGUGCACCCAGAAUCCAAAAAGAUUUUUUUUAAAAAAAAAGAAGAAGGAAGAAAGCAGCCACAGUUCUCCCGGUCACCCGAACGGGGCCACGAAACCGCUUCCCUGGACAUCGGCGCCAGGGAUUCGUUUUCGAGGUCAAUUUCCCAUCGAGAUAAAUCUAUUGGAUUAGUAGGAUUAUCUGAUUGCAGCCGAAAGAAGUAACGUUGUUUGAUCAUUUGUAUUUUCUUGCCUGCUGGUCGGAUUUGCAUGGAGGUGGUGGCUCUGGGUCCCGAGAAUCCUGGAUCGUGGUUUCAUCUGGGGAGAAAAAAAGGAUCAAUCGACACGUUUUGGAAGUGUCCGUGGGUGAAUUAAAAAAAAAAAAAAAAAAAAAAAAAAAAAAAAAAGGAGGUGUGGGGGGGUGGUGGUGGUGGUGGUGGUUUUGCAAAAACUGGGAUUGCGGCUGCUUAAAGAAGAAAAAUAAAUUGAAAAAGGAAGCGUCUUGAAUUCUGCUACAAGAAUCCCCAGGGCUCAAGAUCCAAAAAAAAAAAAAAAAGAGAGAAAAAGAAAAAAAAAAAAAAGGGGGAAAAAAAGCAGAAAAAGCGUCUAGAAGCGGAUAAAUACUUGGACCGAUCGAGCCUGAAUUUGACGGCGAAGUGGAAGGAGGAAGUGUCUCCUUGAAGGGCCGGAGGGGCACUAAGGGAGGACCAGGGGGCCUGCGCGGCUCGCUCCGGGAGGGAUGCAGACCUGCCGCUAACUGGAUUUGAUUUAUAAGAGGGGAAUCUACAGUCAAUGGCCACUCUUGUCACGUUGCUACUAUGGAAAACAGAGUGGUCAAUAGGAUAUGGUCUGAUAAAUAGUGAUGAUUGAAGAUGUUACUUCAAUCCAUGUGAAAUCGAUGGGAGAUACUGGCUGCGGAAAGAGCUUCCUGAGCUUUUCUUGACGAGCUUGACUUGAAGAAGUCGGAGGUGUGAGCUACCACUAAACAGUCUUCUCAAGCGGAUACAAAUACCUUUGCCUCGCUGAAACCAGACAACUACACAACUAAUGUGGGACCAUGGCACUGCCCAGAUGCAUGUGGCCAAAUUAUGUUUGGAGGGCAAUAAUGGCAUGCUUGGUACACAGGGGAUCGGGUGCCUCAUUGACUCUCUGCGCGUUGGGAUGUUUGCUGCAGGCUGCCCAUGUGCUUUCACAAAAAUUGGAUGAUGCAGACCCACUGGUGACCACCAACUUCGGCAAGAUAAGAGGGAUUAAGAAAGAGCUCAAUAACGAAAUUUUGGGACCUGUUAUUCAAUUUCUUGGGGUUCCAUAUGCAGCCCCACCAACAGGGGAACAUCGUUUUCAGCCUCCAGAACCACCAUCUCCCUGGUCAGAUAUCAGGAAUGCAACUCAGUUUGCUCCUGUGUGUCCCCAGAAUAUCAUUGACGGCAGAUUGCCAGAAGUCAUGCUUCCUGUGUGGUUUACUAAUAACUUGGAUGUGGUUUCUUCAUACGUACAAGACCAGAGCGAAGAUUGCCUAUAUUUAAACAUAUACGUUCCAACUGAGGAUGUAAAAAGAAUAUCCAAGGAAUGUGCCAGAAAACCCGGCAAGAAAAUAUGUAGAAAAGGAGAUAUUCGGGACAGUGGGGGUCCCAAACCAGUGAUGGUGUAUAUCCAUGGUGGCUCAUACAUGGAAGGUACUGGAAAUUUAUAUGAUGGGAGUGUCUUGGCAAGCUAUGGCAAUGUGAUCGUCAUCACAGUCAACUAUCGACUUGGGGUACUUGGUUUCUUGAGCACAGGGGAUCAGGCUGCAAAAGGAAACUAUGGACUCCUUGAUCUCAUACAGGCUUUAAGAUGGACUAGUGAGAACAUUGGAUUCUUUGGUGGUGACCCCUUAAGAAUCACUGUUUUUGGAUCUGGCGCUGGGGGUUCAUGUGUCAAUCUGCUGACUUUAUCCCAUUAUUCUGAAGGUAACCGUUGGAGCAAUUCAACCAAAGGACUUUUUCAGCGAGCAAUAGCUCAAAGCGGAACAGCCCUUUCCAGCUGGGCUGUUAGUUUCCAACCUGCAAAAUAUGCUAGAAUGUUGGCCACAAAAGUUGGUUGCAAUGUUUCAGAUACAGUAGAGUUAGUGGAAUGCCUACAGAAGAAGCCUUACAAAGAACUUGUUGACCAAGACAUUCAACCAGCACGAUACCACAUAGCCUUCGGACCCGUGAUUGAUGGCGAUGUAAUACCAGAUGACCCUCAGAUAUUGAUGGAGCAAGGAGAGUUUCUCAACUAUGAUAUAAUGUUAGGAGUUAACCAAGGGGAAGGGUUAAAAUUUGUUGAGAACAUAGUAGAUAGUGAUGAUGGCAUAUCAGCUAGUGAUUUUGACUUCGCCGUUUCCAAUUUUGUUGAUAAUUUAUAUGGAUAUCCUGAAGGCAAAGAUGUUUUGAGAGAAACCAUUAAAUUCAUGUACACUGACUGGGCUGACCGUCAUAACCCUGAAACCAGAAGGAAGACAUUAUUGGCUUUGUUUACAGAUCAUCAGUGGGUGGCACCAGCUGUAGCUACAGCAGAUCUUCACUCAAACUUUGGUUCACCUACAUAUUUCUAUGCCUUUUACCAUCAUUGCCAAACAGAUCAGGUUCCAGCUUGGGCUGAUGCAGCUCAUGGAGAUGAAGUUCCCUACGUACUAGGAAUCCCCAUGAUUGGACCUACAGAGUUAUUUCCUUGCAAUUUCUCCAAAAAUGAUGUGAUGCUGAGUGCAGUUGUUAUGACAUACUGGACAAAUUUUGCUAAAACUGGUGACCCAAAUCAACCAGUCCCUCAAGACACGAAAUUCAUCCAUACCAAACCCAACCGCUUUGAAGAAGUAGCAUGGACCAGAUAUUCCCAGAAAGAUCAACUUUAUCUCCAUAUUGGAUUAAAACCAAGAGUUAAAGAACAUUACAGAGCCAAUAAGGUGAACCUCUGGUUGGAGCUGGUACCUCAUCUGCAUAAUCUCAAUGACAUUUCCCAGUAUACCUCGACAACAACUAAAGUGCCAUCGACUGACAUCACUUUCAGACCUACGAGAAAGAAUUCUGUACCUGUCACAUCAGCAUUUCCCACUGCCAAGCAGGAUGAUCCCAAACAACAACCGAGUCCAUUUUCAGUGGAUCAAAGGGACUACUCCACAGAGCUGAGCGUCACUAUUGCAGUUGGAGCCUCGCUGCUGUUUCUGAACAUCCUCGCCUUUGCAGCCCUAUACUACAAAAAGGAUAAGAGGAGACACGAUGUUCACAGGAGAUGCAGCCCUCAGCGCACUACUACCAACGAUCUGACCCACGCACAAGAAGAGGAGAUCAUGUCCCUCCAAAUGAAGCACACUGAUUUGGAUCAUGAAUGUGAGUCCAUCCAUCCACAUGAGGUGGUUCUUCGGACCGCCUGCCCCCCAGAUUACACACUAGCUAUGAGGAGGUCACCUGAUGAUGUUCCCUUAAUGACACCCAACACCAUCACAAUGAUCCCCAACACUAUACCAGGGAUUCAACCCUUACACACAUUCAACACAUUCACCGGAGGACAGAACAAUACUCUGCCCCACCCCCACCCCCACCCCCAUUCACAUUCAACAACCAGGGUAUAGCCAGAUAAGAGAAACAAACUCUAUUUUUUUGAUGGAUUGCAGUAAAAGAUUACUGAAGAUUCCUUGGCUUUCAACCUACAAGACUCUUACUAUUUAAAUAAGGAGGAAUAUUAUGUGAAUAUACAUAUCAAGAACUUUGGGGGUUUUGAAAAAAAAAUUCAAUUGUACAUAUAUACACAAAUCAACUUUAAAAAUGAAUUUCAAUUGCUUGAGGCAAUUGUUCUGAAUGAUACUUUUUCAUUCACAUUCAAGAAUUAAUUUUUUGAAGAUUUAUGUUACAUAAUGGAAUUAGGCAUGUGGAACACCAAACGGGAAAGAACUAUGUCUGAAAUAUAAAAAAUAAAAAUAAAAAAACAACCAUGAAUAUGCACAAGGGACACACCAAUGGAAUGUCAGAUAAUUUUCACCAGUUUUUAUUUGGAGCCGUUUUAUUGUGUAGACCAUAUUUACAUAUUUGGAUAAGUACACAAAGCACCAAUGCUGUUAAUGGCCUUAGCAGAGGCUCAUGCUGAAAUUUGCCAGUAAAACAAAGAAGUUUAAAGACUGGCAGGUACAACAUUAUCACAUAAGUGCUGUCAGUAUAAAGUUGUGGGGAUAAAGGAAACUGGAUAUUUUUAGCACGAUGUGCAUGAUAAUUUAUAUGCUUGGUGGCUGUGCUGCUGAUUAAGCCGUAAUUAAAAUUCUUCUCAUCCCAUUGGAGUCUUUAAUAGAAGCUUCCUCUAUCAAUUGGCAAAACCUAAAGAAGAUUUUAAGGGGCAAAAGUAAUUAGAAGUAAAUAAUUCACAGUAGUUUUGAUAAUAGGAAGAAUUAGUUAUUAAAGGUAUUUGAAGAAACUAUAGGUAUAGUGGUGAAUACUCGCUGAUAUGAAUCCCAGGAAAAAAAUUCCUGUGUUUUUAAUGUUCUUUUCAUUCCAGUCUAAAUAAUUUAUAGAAAUACAGCCCUAAUUGGACAUGUGUUACAGGAUCUAUAAUUUGCUGUGGUUUUUGUUAUUCUGUAUUUUGUUCCUUUUGGUAAAGGUGAAGUGUGUCCAAAGAGUUACUUGCAACAGUCUUUUAUGAUAUGAGGAUAUGCCCCAAAUUACCACUCUGAUUACAGUUCUCAGUUAAUUGAUUUACUCAUGUUGCAUGACAAAAUGUUUACUAAUAAGAAUUCAAUAUACAGUCAUGUCCCUCCUCAUAUCACUUAUCUUUCUCACUGAGGUUCAUUCACUGGAAUUUACCCACGCGAUCUCAGUAGAGUACAACAUAGAUACAGAACCUAGAAGGAGAGUCAACACCUGGAGGAUUUUAGUCUUACACGUAUGUGUGAUUUUAAAUGAAUACUUUAAGACCACAGGAAACUCUUCAUCCCCCUGUUGUUUACCAGUAACAGUAUAUCACAGACCUUUCCAAAUGUUUGUAUAUGUAAUCAGAUGUACAUUUAUAUUAAAAAAAAUUGAGAUGGACUUAAAGAGCACAUCCUGAUAAAUACUUUCUCUCUUACCUGUACUAUAUUUCUAUUAGACUAAAGUUAUGUGAUUUUUUUUUACAUUUUUUCAGAUGACUAGCAAUUUUGAUAGUUUGUAAGAUAAUGCAAAGAACUUUCUCUGACAAACUAACUGCAGUAACAGAAACCUUUCUUUUCAGUUACUCUUUUUCAAGAAUGAAAGCUUAUUAUACAAAAAAAAAAUUGUAUACUACUUGAUGGAAACAACUUUGUACAUCUUGGCCAUGUCACUGGUCAUUGCGUGAAAUAAAGAUAAUCUGGAUAAUGACUAUUAGUCCAAUGCUAAGAGACAUGAUCUUUGCUCAUUAAAGAGCUAAAAUGUUUAUUGCUGUUUUGUCUUUUUUUAAAUAACAAAAGAAACAUGACUGUCUCAGAGAGUCAUUUUUCUAGACCAAGUUGGGUUUUUGAAGACACGUAGGUAACUUCUAUAGAAAACACAAGUGUAUUUGAAGGCAAGUCGCACCUAAGAUGAAACUGAUGAAACUUUGACAUUAUGAAUUUAUAAGCCCAGGAAUCAUGGAAAGUAUUAGCUUUGUAUUUUUAAAUAUCUCUUAUGUACAAGUGUCGUAGAAAUAAAAUGUGCCAAUUGUUUUCAGUUAGAAACACAGGUUCCAAUUUUCAUCAUCAGAGAAAAGCUCUAUUGGAAAUAAAUGUGCAAUAUUUAAUGGAAUGAGAAGAGCUAGGUUCAUAGUAGAAGGGUGAUUAAACUAUCACAAAGUAAUGGAUAGAAAGUUAUCCUCCUAAGAGAAUUAAAAAGUGCCGAGCAAGACAUUAAGCUGACACUAAAAGAUAAAACCUUCUCUAUCAAGGAAUUUCUUUGGUUGUAAUUCCCCCUCCCAAUUAUUAACUAUCAAUUAGAUGUAGAUAUUACUCUAUAACUUCAAAUAAAAAUCUCUGUGAGAAACAAAAAGUCUUCAAAACCCAGAGCGGUCUACAUGCAGUUUUUGCCUGACGUGGUUGUGCUUUUCGACUGUGAACUGCCAAUGUGAGCCAAGACAAAGAAUUGCUUAACAUCUGAAAUACUGCUAAUCUGAAAACUGUCUUUUAAUAUACUGAUUAAACAAAAGAUAAAAAGAAAUAGAAAUGGCAACAAAAUAAGACAUGAGUGAAAUCUUUCAUGUACAUUAUUUCACUUGGCAAAAUCAAGCAUUCUAUUAUAUCUUAAUGAUGGCCAUAUUUAUCUCUCUCUGCAUAUCUGUUGCUCUAAAUUUACCUAUCAAUCUACCUAUAUAUGCCAUAACUGACAUCUUUGUCAUAUUAAUUUAGGGAAAUGAUUUAGGAAAACAAAGCAUAGUCCUGGUCUUUUUUCUAAAUUAAUGUAGUAUCAACUUUGUGGAAGAUAAAAAAAAAAAAAGCAGUUCUAGGUUUUAUUAUUAUUCUCAAGUCGUGAUAAAGUCAUUGUGAAUGAGUGUUAGUUGUUAGUUUUAUAAUUACAGCAGCUAGUUUUCUGAGUGUAAAAUGAUUUCCCACAAUAAACAGAACAUUAAGAACUGUUUUUAAAGCUGAAACAUACUUUUUAAAUGUAAGAAAUAUUUUGAAUAUUGUUAAAUUUUAACCAAUAUCUUUAAAAUGUAUUUAUUCAGACGAUUUUCUUCAGAAAAAAAGUAAGUCACAAAAUUAAAGGAAUAUUUUUGGCAUUCCUUAUUAAUUCAGAUUUUCCUCCCUCAGAUCAAAUUGCAGAUCGUCAAGGCUGCUUAGAAUUUAUACAAACAUUAGGUCAAAAUGGACUUUAUUUCAUUGUUUUGUUAUCAAAUAAAAUUAUCGCCAGGUGUUUUUCGCCAGAUUCAAGUUGUUCCAGAGUAUGAGGUUAGAAAUAUGAAAGUGACAGAUUUCAUAGUUUUAAAUCUCUACUGAAUAUGUUGACUCUGAACAAAAUCUGGCUGACUGCUACAGAUGUAUCACAAGGUUCAUCAUUAUCUUUAUGAAAAUUGGAAAGUUAUUUGCUCGAGCAUUAAAACUAUCCAAUUUGAAUUUGGAGAGAUCGUGCUAGCAGCUAAAAGAGGAAAAUCUGAGCAGAGUAUAGAUUAUUUCAUUUCUCGUUUCAAAUUUAAAAGUUGACCAUAAUGAUGCAUUAAUUCUGAUUUUUUAGUUCUGUACAACAUGAAAACUGCAACCAAAUUUUUUAAAAUAAGUUACCAUAUGUAAAACAAAAGAGAAAAACAAUGCACUAAUUUUCUUACAGAAAAGAAAUGCCAAAACUCAAUUGUUAUAUUCUUCUCAGUUAUUUCACCUGUUGACAUACUCAAACUGACACACAUACUAAUAUUGUGAAAAGAUGCAAAGAAAGUGGCAAAUGUGUUUCAGCUUUAAAGGCACUGCUACAUAGAAAAUACUGGGAUUUUUUUCUUUGGCGAGUUUCACUGAAAGAUUUUCAAAGCGCAAAACGAUGAAUGGAAUUUUUAGGAAGCUGUCAAAUAUCAUGGCAAUCCUUUGAUGUUUGUUUUCUUCUGUGUUAUUGGUUCAAAGUACUGGCCUUUUUCUUCAUUUCUAGUAAUUAGUUGUUAUAGACUAUCAGUUUUUAAUGUGAGUGAAAAUUAGAUAAUUUGGCUAUACUUGUGAAAACAUGCUCCCAAAUAAAUUCAAUUAAUGGGCAUUUCCCUGCUGAGAUUUUGUUAUCAUUCAUUUAAUUAUCUUGUCAAGCUUUACUGUUAAAGACAAUUGUGUUGGCUUUUUAGUCAAUAAACUAAGGGAAUUUCUCCAACAGCCUUAUACCUCUCCUGCACGUGAUAUGAUACCAUACACUUCAAAUUUCCAACAGAAGCCUCUAAAGAAAUAUCCUGCUGAUACGAAACAUUUGGUAGCCACCUUGAUUCUCUUUCAAAAGCAUUCCGAUUUGACUCUAUUCUGGCCCUCUGAUGUAUUUGUACACAGGCCAGAAAUCAAUUCCAUUUGACAAAGGUUAUGGAGUACACAGACUGGACUAACCGUGUGCAGGGUGUAAGUGCCUUUCUCCCUGGGAUUUAGUUUUACUUAUCAACCUUAUUGUCUCUUUUAAAUUUGCAGAUCCUGAUAAUUCAAUUGAAAAGAUACAACAGGAUGACCAUGUUACAAAUUUCCAGUAAGAAAAUCUUAUUUAGAAAGGUCUCUUCUGGCAUUCAGUUUGAUUUUUGUAUGGCAGCAAAUGGGUCCAAACUAUUCCUAGGAAAGAGUGAGGUGAAUUUUUGGAAAACAACAAAGAAUCUUUUAGACAUCAAAUUUAAUAGUAUUUAAGUAUAGAAACUUAAAUCUCUAACAAACUUUAACUUUUUUCCAAAUAGGUAAAUUUAACUUAAAAGGAGUCUGAAGUUGUUAGAGACAAACAUAAGUUAGAAAGUAUAUCGUUUUUCUUUCUAGUCAACCGUCAUAUAUACCACAUGGUAUAUAUAUAUAUACACAUUAUUUGGUACGUGGUUUAUUGGAUGUUUGUGAGGGCCCUUUCAGACUCACACAUUUACAAAUGACUCUGUAUAUCUUACGACAUCUGUACUAAUGUUAUAGACUUUAAUCUUUUGUAGAAGGUCAAGCCAAAGUGCUAGCAGUUUUGGUUGAAGCGAACGAUAACAAUUAAAGCUUUAAAGAAAUGUGUAAAGGUAUAGUAACAAAAACUCAGCAGAUGAAGUUAAGGAAAAGGGAACAUUUUAGAAUGCCACGUCUAGGGUUGAUGUCUAUAUUAGAUGGAAUGUUUAAAAGAAUUUUAGUGUUUUUGAUUCAUUUUCCUGCACUCAUCUCAUUUAGCAAAUUACUGGGACAUAUGUCAUGGUUUUUGUAAAAAAGGCCAUCGGGUGUCAUGAUUCAGUUUGUGUUUGGACAUCCGUGGGUUUCAUUAAAACACGUUUAUUAUCAUGAAUAAAUAUUACCGUGUUUUCCAA